AUGCAGCUGCAUCUUGAAGACGAUGGCCAAGCGGCAGAGGUCCUUGCAUCACGCCGCCUGCCGCUGUACCAAUUCCCGCCCCAAGCGAUUAUCGAAGAGGCGGAGUUGCAGGACCUGGGUCGAGCUCGACUGUCCCACCUGGCAGCUGUGCAGCGAAGUGCAGUUGCUGCUGGCGGCGACUCUGCACCCGACGUGGGGGACUGGCGGCCCAGCAGCAGUUCGAACGCCGAGCCCUGCGAGCUUGAUGCAGUGUCCCACUUCGUUGUGCGCCUGCUUUGCUGCGGAGACACAGCUGCACGCUCCUGGUUUCUGGCUGCAGAGGAAUGCCUUUUUCUUCGUCGGUGGGAGCAGGUCCCAUGGGCAGCUAAACUGAGCGCGCUGCGACGGGUUGGCAUGGAGCCGGACGUGGAGCAAGGUACUGUGACAAUGCAUUUCAGCCAGCUCCCACCGGUCCUUCUGGCUCAGCGUCGUUGCCGACUUUGUCGCGGCACGGCAACAGUAUAUGCUGAGGACUUCGCACAAGUGGUGGUUCACCGCUUUCGCAAACACCUCACAGACAUGUUGGACCAGGCCGCCGCAAGUGCUGCCCAUCUUCACCCGUCGCUGCAAAGAACGGUUGAUGCUCUGAGGCCUGCUCUGGAGGAGCUCUUGGUGGGCUUCGAUUCUUCAACGAGGUUCGGUGAUGAGCCGAUUGGGCUUUGCCUGGCGAACUUUGAGCAGAUGCUACGAGAGUCCUUCCCGCCGUGCAUGCAGUACCUGGUCGACUUCCAGCGACGGGGCAAGCACCUCAAGCAUCAUGGGCGGAUUCAGCUUCGACCUUUGCUGAGGGAAGCUGGGCUUCCUUUGGCAGAAGCACUCCGAUGGUGGCGCCGUGAGUUCUUACGCGAUCCGAAUGUGCAGGAGGAAGCUUUCAAUUCGGAGCAUGUGGUCCACAUCCAGCACGCCUACGGACAGAUGGGCAAGCGGAAGCCGGCAUAUGGAUGGAGCUGCCGGAAGGCUCUGGACCCCAAAGUGUUUCCGGCGGUUGACGCCAAACGAGCCCAUGGCUGUCCAUUCCGCUCACUGGAUGAGGAGGAGCUACGCAGGCUUCUCGUGGACUUCACCUUGUCGCCUACAAGCGCUGCCAUGGCUGCAGGGCUGGCGAGGGGGCAGGUUGACGAGUCCUGUUUGGGCCUGCCAGAGUUUCCGACCGAAGUUCGUCAGGAGGAGAAGGCUUGCCUCUUCGUCUUUCGAGAGCGCCAUCCCACGGCCGAGUUGCCAACGGCCUUGGGUCAUCCCAUGGAAUUCCUCAGGAGGAGCCGACGUUACUUCAAGAAGCCAGAUGCAGGAAUGCAGAAUUCAUCUGCAGAGCAACGAAGCGAGGCAUCGGCGGCGUCGGUACUGCGAGAUCGACCAGAAAUACCGCUGCCGAGGCAGCUUGCAAGGCCGGCGUACAAGAAGCCACUUCGUGUGGCCUCGGGGCUGGGGAAACUGUUUGAUGAGCAUUUCAGACAGUUGCAUCCGCGCGGGGGGACGAGGACGAUGUUUAGCGCAGAAGAUGCCAUGUUUUGGCGCCUUGCCAUCCUUGCAGUUGGGGCCGGCCUCCUCUUUGGCGCACCAUGGCUGCAUCGAGUGGACUUGGCAUCCAUUGGGGCGGCAGUUGAGUCCAUGUCCGAGGAGCUCCAUCUGGACAGGGAAGAGACUGAGUGGGUCGUCUCCGGUGCGAAAGGUGGCGCCAUUUUCGGCAGCCUGUUCGGCGGAGCGCUGAUCAUGUCUCGGGGCAGACGGACGAUCAUCGGCUGGUCCGCGAUUCCGAGCAUGAUCGGAGACCGGCGCUUGUCUUUACGGAUGGGGAUCGGCAUCGGCCUCGCCUCGGUGGCCACGCCCAGCUACCUCAGCGAGGUCGUGCUUCCCGAGCAGCGAGGCCUCUUCGAGGCAAUGUACGAAUUGGGAAUUGCCUCUGGGAUGUUGCUGUCUGCUUUGGCCAACGCGCUCCUACAGAUGCUGAAUUCCGACGCAGUCUGGCGCUACCAGGCGGGAUGCGUGCCUUUUGUCUUCGCCUGUCCUGUGCUGCUGGUCGUGUGGACUGUGCCGGAGUCACCAAGGUGGAUGCUGCAGACGGUGGGAUCCAGCCCUUCGUCUUUGCUGGCUGUGCUGGAGGAGAUCUCCAGCCUUCGGCGACCAGGUGCGAGGAAGCGCCUGGAGACAUGGCGAUCCGGAAGGGGCAGCCUCGAAGAGCUUUCGAGUGAUGCGGACACGGCUGAAGGUCAGGAUGAUCUGAUCCGUCUCUGGGAUGACAAGCAUCUUGCAGCUGGUAGUCCGCUCUGCAGGUCAGACAGCAACCUGGAGGAGAAGGAUGAUUCUGUCCGCCUCCGCACGCUUUCCAUCCUUCAGAGAACGCUGAAAGAUGUUUGCGCCAUCAUCAUGGGCUCGCAGCAGGUGCCUGCUGGAGCUCGUCGUGGCCUAGGGCUAGCACUUGCCGCUGCGGUGCUCAAUCAGGCAUGUGCCUCGACAUCCAUCCUCAUCUACGCGGAGAAGAUGCUCGCCAGUGUGGGCUUCGGCCAGGAGUCCCAGGACCUUCUUACGCUGAUGGUCAUCGGCGCCAAGAUGUUGGGGGUGAUUCUGGGCCUCGCGAUCGUUGAACGUGUGUCCAGGCGGACACUGCUCGGGGCAGGCGGUGGCCUCUCCGCUGUGGCCUUGCUGGUCAUCGCGCUGGGUGCUGCCUGGGGCAGUCCAGUGCUGCUGGUGAGUGGCAUGAGCUGCUUCAUUGCCAUCUUCUGCAGCACCUGGGGCAUUGGCUACUGGGUAGUGGUUGUCGAGGUCACUGCUGCGGGAGGGCCUCGUUACUCCUCGGCCGCUCAGUCCGUUUCCACGGCCACACUGUUUGCGGCUGGCUGGUUGACUUCUCUGACCUUCAUGGAUGUGAUUUCUCAAGGCCCGGCGGGGCUUCUGAUGUAUGCAUCCGUAGCGGCUCUCAUGAGCAUAUAUGGAUUUUACAUUCUUCCUGAGACGGGAGGCCAUUCCCUGGAG